AAAUCACCAUUGUGAAAACGAUACCCUUCUAGGUAGUGAUUUCUGGAAAAAUCACGAUGGUGAAAACGAUGAAGCGGUUUUUAAAUCAAAACUUAUGCCUAAUUUUUUUUCUUUCUUCUUCAAAACUGUUCAAACAACGUCAACUUUGUGAAAUAAAACUGCCUUUCUGGGGACCUCUGGGCACAAAUGUUUUCCGUUUUGAACGCCGAAAAUAAAGGGAAGAAGAAGGAAAUAGAUAUCUAAAAAAAACCAGUUAACUAACUUUAAGAAAAUUAUAUUCUCCUUCUCGCUCUCUGUGUUGCUUCUUCCCAUUCCCUCCUUUCCCCCCCUCCCCUUAUUUUUUGGACUUCCUAAACCUUCCCUCCAUCAUCAUCUCAGGCUCUCUCUCCUGACAAGGAAGGCAAAGCGGAAAGCCUGGGAUUGAGGUUGCGCAAAAAAGAGAGAGAGUCUGGGGUCGAGGUCGAAAACAAAAUGGCGAAGGUACGGCGAAACCGUCGCAAGUUCCAUCUCCCGGCUGUAAAACCCAACGAAAAAGAUAAGACUGAUACUCUGAUGCCAAAUGAGUCUACUCUUCCAGCUAUAUUUCCCAUUGAUGGACUGUUUAAUCCAAGCAAAUCCAUUAGUUCUGAGACUACAGAUGUUAAAGAAGUUCAGAAGCUUCAAGUGAAUAAAAAGGACAAGAGAAAGGAAAGGCAUGAGCGAUUUUUACAAAAGCUAAAUGCUGCCAGACGUGUAGAAGAAAGAAGCAAAAAAGCAAACGAAAGGUCCAAGACAGUUGUUGUUGGGGACAUGGAACCACUAUUAUCAGCUCUUCCUACUAUUAAUGUACCAGAACUUAUUAGAGGUUCAAAAAGCUCAAAUAAUAGUAAUGGAAAUGAAAAAACAGCAAGCAAGAAAAGUAAAAUGAGUAAAAAAGCCCGGCAAGCUCUGCAAGCCAGUGAAAUUGCACAUUUCCAGCAAGUUCUAAAACACCCUGCGUUUAAAGCCAACCCACUUGGAGCCAUUUCUGAGCAUAUUAAAAAUGCUGUCCAAAAAGAACUUGAAAAUGUGACUUAAUGUAAGGAAUUUAGAAAUUGCAGUUAAUAAAAUUGACAGUCUCUAAACAUG